CUUUAUCAGUUUCACCACGCCAUCCAUCUUCUUCGAUUCUCUCAAGGUUUUCUCAUUUCUAUCUUCUGUUUUAUCCCAAUUGAUUCACUAACUCUUUGAUUUGAUUUCUAAUUCUUCUCACAAAUCUCUAUGCUCUUCUAGCUAUUGAUUCAGUUUCCUUCUCCGAUCUUAAAGUUUCAUACUUUUUUUUUUCUCUGACAAUGCUAUUCUUUGUAUGAUUCGUAACAUUCGUUAUUAAAUUUUAGAAUUUGCUUUCGAUUUUUUACAGAAGUUUUGAUUUUUUUUUUAAUGUCUGCGGUUCUGUCUUAAAAAAGCAAAAAAAAAAAAAAAUGGCGAACAGAGAGAUGGCAGUGUACUGUUUCGACACUUUGGUCUGUCACUACAACAACGAUGAGACUCCUCCACCUGCCUUUGACGACGCCAAUCAUCCAUUGUUUGUGACAUGGAAGAAAAUAGUGAAUGGAGGGGAGCCUCGAUUGCGUGGAUGUAUUGGUACACUGGAAGCACGCCGCUUGAUCAGUGGCUUCAAGGAUUAUGCCUUGACCAGUGCCCUGAGGGAUCGUAGGUUCCCACCAAUACAGUCCAAAGAACUGCCAUUUCUGCAAUGUACCGUCUCUGUCUUGACUGAUUACGAAACUGCUGAGGAUUAUCUUGAUUGGGAAGUAAUUUAUCUUCCGCUCUUCUGUUAUAACAAGUGGGAAAGCAUGGUAUAAUCAUUGAGUUCACUGAACCUGUGUCUAACACAAAGCGAAGCGCCACAUAUUUGCCUGAGGUCCCAGCUCAUGAAGG